AUGUCUUCUCGGUGGCUGGCGAAGCCAGCCCUGUCUGUGCUGUAUCAGCUAUAUGAUACCUCACCCGUAACGGGUGGUGGAACGGAAGAGGAGCAGUUAAGAACGAAAAGGACCACUGGUACCACCACGGUGACGGCUGGUGGCAAGGACGAGCAAAACUCCAUCAUCCGUAAAUGGGCCCUCAUGUGGCGAUCGAUCAUCCUGUCUACGUUUGAGAGGACCUAUCUCCCUUACUACAGCUAUAUUCGCUAUCUGGAUCUCGAAGAUCUGAAACAUCUUGUUAGCGAUCCCAGUUUUAAAGGACAGAUAAGAGAGGAAUUCUUUUCCGGUGAAAUUGGUGAUUAUAUCUUCCGUGACUAUGAAACGAAGGGGAGCAAGAGAUUACGAUCAUCGAGAACUUCUCCUGACGCGAUUUGGAUUGUUCAAAAAGUCGGAUCAGCAAUUACACAAAAGGCGAAAUCGAUAAGAGAGUUAUCCGGAGAAAUUCCUCCGUCAGCUCUCACUGAAUGGAUCCGUAACUUGCCUGAACUUCAGGCACUGUCCCUGUGGUCCGGUAAUUCUUUGAGCCAUCACGCUGAAGACGAGAUUCGUGUUCAUUGCCCGGAUUUCAAAAAGGUUGCGCUGUUCCGAUGGUCGGACAGUCCUUCAGAAACUGCAGAGUCAGAAUCGGAACAGUUUCUUAAAGGGCUGCGCCCGAAUUCCUUGGAGUAUUUCGAAGUGAUCAGUUAUUCGCAUUUGGGACCGCGCUCCAUCGCAGCCUUGGGUUCGCAUCUCAAGUCGCUCGUCGAACUGAAAUUAACGAGUCUCCCGCUCAAGGCUAUCGCAGAACUGCCAUCUUUAACGGCACCUCCGGCUCUGAAAGUUCUGUCAUUGACAGACUCUCUUCCGGAGCUUAGGAACGAAGAAUUCUACAAAACCGUAUCCGACGUUGCAGAGUGGAUAUGCAGUUGUAAGAACCUUCGACGACUAGAGCUCCGAAGAUUUCUUGAUGACCCUGUCCUGCUUUCCAAGGUCCUUAUCGAUGACAGAGUCCGCCUUAACGCCCUCCAUGUUGUAGGCUACUCAAUGCAGAGUGCUCGGGCUUUUCAUGAAGCUCUUGCUUCUCAAUCCUCCUUGCAAGUUCUAUCCCUCCAAGGGGAGGGAAGCGAAUGGCCUCAGGACCAAGAGGUGCUCGUACAGGCGCUAGGACAGCUGAGCGAACUUCUCGAGCUGGAACUAAAGGAAAUCUCAGAGUACUUCACGCCCGACCAUAUCAUGUCCCUAACGCCGUAUCUGCCCCAUCUCGAACGGCUUUGGAUAAGCGGAUACGAUUUCAACGACCAAGUCUGGGACUCCUUCCUAUGUCUUCCUCGACUACGGUAUUUAGUCAUCCAUGCUCUGAGCGAUUUCACAGCUCAGGGGAUUCUUGAUUUCAUUUCACAGCUGGGUCCCGGCAAUCGGGGGUUUUACUUGUCGAUCUUGAACGCGAUGUCGGAUACCAGCAUCACAGAAGAGGCCCAGACCGUCAUCCGAGAUACGCUCGCGCAGAACUUGGACGGCAGUUUCGAUUUUGGGCUGGCGCGCGAGGAGUUCACCGACUCAGAACUGGGCUCUGAUAUCUCAUAG